GAAGUUUUUAAAACUUUAUAUUUCAAUUUAAGAUUAAAAUCGAAAAGGAUUUAACCUCCUUAAAUAUAUUUGAAAAAAAUCAAGAUUAAAUAGUACAAUUAGCUACUGAGAAAUCCCCUUAUCUUAUAUCCGUGUGUUUCGCUAUCUUUUUCAGCUGAUCCAUGCAAUCUUUUAUUUAGACAGAUUUUAUUAUCGACAAAGCAUCUUAUCUUUCAUAUAACUGUGUGCUUCGAGCCAACCGGUUUUCCAGUUUUAAGUUCUGCUCCGAUGGAUACACGCAAAUUUUCAACCCACAUAUUAGACACUUCUCUUGGAAAGGCUGCUGCCAAUGUACGAGUCACAGUAUCCAGGCUGGACGAAAUUCAUGAGUGGAGAUCUCUUCGGGCGGCCCAAACAAAUGAAGACGGUCGUUGCCAACUUUUGGAACCCGGACAACUUCAGGAUGGAGUUUACAAAUUGACUUUUCACGUGGGGGCCUAUUUUGCAGAGCGUAAUACCAAGACCAUUUAUCCUGCUAUUGAGAUAAUGGUGGAUUGUAGUGAAAAUCAGAACUAUCAUAUUCCAUUGUUGCUAAAUCCAUUUGGAUAUUCGACGUAUCGCGGCACAUGAAAAUACAUUUUUAUAUUUUGAUUUUGAAAUAAAUGUUCUUUGAAAAUUUA